UAGCUCGCGACACGCUGGAGGGGAUGAUAAGAAGAACGCAAGCGCGAACCUAUCGACCAGCUAACCCUCCGGGUAACACCCUUGCGAUCCUCAGCCGAAGCUCACUGCUUCUCCGGCGAACUAGUGGGUAGUACACGCACGCGACACAGAUUUCAACUUGGAUUGUUUAGUUUCUCCUUCCUCACCUCUCUUAUUUCAUCCUUUCCUUUUGGAUUACCUUACGUUGAAGUGUUAUUGCACAACUUGGGAAAAAAGGGCACAACAAAGAGACGAAUCGGUAGUGAACGUCGUCGAGCGAGCCACAAAGCCCAAGACACGAAAUCUCUGUCUCCGCCUCCCGUUCCUAAGCCGCUCAAAGAACACGAAGAUCGUCGCAUACGGUGACCAUCUGACCACCAAAAGCCACCGGAAUCCUGCGGUUUUGGUCAGGAGGGCGAGGUCGGUGUUAAACCAGCAAGAUUACCGGCCGCGGCGGUUGCGCCAAAUACUGUGGUACAGCCCCUUCACCCGGCAACAUUUCAUUCUCCAGCUUUCGACAGUCCUUCGCUUCCAAUGUUAACUACCUGAAACGGAGUUUGUCUUCCAGGUUCUCGUCAGGAGAUUUGAGCUCGGAGCUCGACGAUGAACCAAGCACAGACUCCGGGCUGGCCUCCAUGGCCAGGGAUUCGUCCCAAUCGUAUCAAGCGGUACCGGAUCGGCCAUUGCAAUCUCAGCCGACUCCUGUUCCACCGGCUAACCAGCCACCGGUACCUGGAGCACCGCCGUCUGGACCACCUCAGCCCGUUGGCGGCGAUCUAAGUCUCAACCUGAGACCCGGAUCGAGAACCACUAGCGCUCCUUCCUCGCCGGCCAAGACCCGGGAAAGUUUACUCCAGAGGGUUCAAAGUUUGACCGGAGCUGCUCGUGACCAGGGUGCAUCGAUUCUAGGAGCGGCGGUGUCAGGUGCAACUAGAGGGCCAUCUUACAACAAAGAUCGCUGUUUCACCCUGCUAGUCAUCGAUGACCAGAAUACCGACUGGAGCAAAUAUUUCCGGGGUCGUAGGCUUCACGGUGAUUACGAGAUCCGUGUAGAACAGGCGGAAUUUAGGGAAUUGUCAUUAACUGCGAGCGAGGCUGGUACUAUUGUGUCCAUGGCGGUUUAUCGCAACGGAACCAAAGUCAUCCGAUCUUUCAAACCUGAUUUCGUCCUGAUACGACAGAACCUAAAAGACGCCGGAGAAGACAACAAGAACCUUCUUCUCGGUUUAAUGUACGGCGGUGUCCCGAGCAUUAACAAUCUCACGGCAAUUUACAACUUUCAGGAUAAACCAUGGGUGUACGCACACCUAUUGGGACUUCAACGUCGUUUAGGAAAAGACAACUUCCCCUUGAUCGAGCAAACUUACUAUCCCAACCAUCGUGAAAUGGUGAGUGCAUCUCGUUAUCCGGUUGUGGUGAAACUCGGACACGCCCACGGUGGAGUGGGAAAAGCCCGUGCCGAGACGAAUCAAGAGUUUCUAGAUCUCGCCUCUUUGGCUGCUUUGGCGAACACUUAUUGCACGUCGGAGCCGUACGUCGACACCAAAUACGACGUUCACGUGCAGAAAAUAGGCAAUAACUACAAGGCGUUCAUGCGGAAGAGCAUAAGCGGAAACUGGAAGUCUAACACCGGUUCGGCGAUGUUAGAGCAAUUAGCCGUGAGCGAAAAACAUCGCACCUGGAUUGAUCACGUGGCCCAAUUGUUCGGUGAAUUGGAUAUCUGUGCGAUCGAGCUGUUGGUCGGGAAGGAUGGUCGAGAAUACAUAAUCGAGGUGAAUGAUAGCGCGCUGUCGUUAAUGGGAGACUCACAAGAGGAAGACCGUCGUCACAUUGCAGACCUCGUCACUGCGAAAAUGCAGACAUGUUGUCGACCUCCAAGCGUGUUGACGAAAACGACAUCCAGAGGAUCGAUGUCUGGCUCCAGUCAGGCAACGAGUCCUGUAGAAGAUCGCACUGUGCCACCAACAGCUCCGCUAGGAUCGCAUGGAAGCAUGGGGUCUAUGGCUAGCAUAGGAAGCUUAGGUUCCAUGGGCUCCACGACAGCAAUGGCAGGUGACGUAACUAGUUCUGACAGCCACCAUCAACUGCAACGACGCGAUUCUCAAGCAUCGCAAUCGAGUACAGUGAGCAGCGCUCCAUCGGUUGGUCGACGCCAAGAAGAUGUUCCAACAUCGAGAGUACCUUUCCACAGACAAGGCAGCCAAUCCCAGAGCGAAGACACCGAAGACACCAUGAAGAACCUUCGGAAAACGUUUGCAGGAAUCUUUGGAGACAUGUAAAUUUUUCGAACGAAAGUGUACUGGAGCAAAGGAGAUCAUUUUAGGAUUAUCAUCAAAUUUAAGUUAGUGAAAAAAAAUAUUUAAAAUGUAAAUGAAUUAGUUAAUAUUUUUAACGAAAGAUCGUAUUUUUUUAUAUAGCUUCUUCAUUAUCAGUGAUGUACAGGAAUAAUUUUGCACUUAUAGGAUUUUUGUUAAACAGUUAGAAGAUGUAUUUAAAUUAAUUUGUCGAAUAUGAAAAUGUACUGGAAAGGAAUAUAUAAUAUAGUCGAUAUAUUUGUAGAUCAUCAAGCUCAUCUAAAUGACGCUCGCGUCCCACAUUGGACGUCAUAUAACAAUGUAAAUUUUGCUAACGGUCCACGGCGAUGUGUAUAAACAUAAACAUAACUUAACUUUUCGUUUUUUAUCAGUUUAAUAGUUCAUCCGUUUCUUGCUAUUCGAUUACGUUGAGCGAAAGAGAAUAUCGUUGGAAAUUUAUUCUUCUAGAAUUCUUACUAAUCGCGUUGCUAUUACUCUGUACUUGAUUAUUAAUCGAUAUCGCGUAUUCAACGCAUCGGUUGCUAUUCAAAUAUUAACUACGUAUUUUCGAUAAGGGGAGGGUAAGUAAAAAUUAAUGGGGGAUUUAAAAAAAGAGUCGUGGUCGUUUAUGUAUAUUAAAAAGUAAAAAAAUAAAAAAAUCGUAAUGUAGAUUCUAUGUAUUCGAUGUAUUCAGCAUUUACAUAGUGGCUAGGGAAAAUUCUCUCAGGUUAUAAUAGUAAAAGAAUGAAUACUUUUCCAAAUGUCCAGUUAUGUUUCGUUACCAUCGACGUAUCCGUUCUGCAUACUCGUCUCGUUUACGGGGAACGCCGCCACUUGGUUUUUCGAUUCCAACAGGCAACAGUACCAUAGGCCCCUGUCAUCUCCUCAUCCGACUUUACUUCAGGCGUCCACUUUUUAGGCUUAACUUUCGAUUAUAGCAUUGUCUAAAGGCGAGGGAACGGGAAUGAUGCGGAAUGAAAAGAACGAGAAAGCUGGAGAGAGGAAAAAAUGGAAGAUGAGUUAUAAAUUUAAAUGGCUGAUGGAAGUCCUGCAGUAAAAUACAUAUUUGUAAAAUUAUUAAAAAGUAUUUGUAAGCCGACGUCAUUCAAAAUGAUUGAGGAAAACAAAAAAAGAGGAGAUUCGGGCAUUAUACUGAACAUUUGGCUAGAGAAGACUUCGGAUCGAUCGCCCGGCACUCAAUGCCGGGCCAAUGGAAGAACAAGAUCGACCAGUCUGUAUCUUAAGCGCACAAAUAGUCAUUAGGAUUUCGAGACACGGGCAGUACUUUGACAUCGUGCAUGUGAACAACGCAAACGUUUGGUCUAAUAAACGGGACUUAUGGUGAGGGAGAAAUGAAAAAAAUUCUUCUGCAGAGUCGCCGGUUCUUGAACAAUGAUACGUUUCGGCCUGCAAAAAGUGUAAUUCCUCGGCCGGCGACCUUUCGAUUUGGAUUAUUCAAAAUUCAUUGUCUCGAAUAGUAUUGAGCAUCUCGAUGUUGAAAACUGUCCUGCAUUCCGAUAACGAACUGUUUCUUUUUCCUAAAUUUUCACGCAUUUGUAGGUCAUUUGUAAAGGAAAAAAGGAGCUUGCGCAAGGCGACUUGGCACGCUUGCUGAAAAUUCAUGAAAAAAGAGAUGUUCGUUGCUCCGUAGGCUUUAAGAACAAUUACCGAUGAAAUCAAAAUGUAAUAAACGGGUUCGUGAACUAGGAACGGGAAGCGAAAGGGAAGCGGCCGCUAGUUGCCGCGAGAAUGAUUAAAAAAAACAUGGGCAUUCAGUAAAUCGCGAUUCUUUGCGAUCGUGCAAAAAAUUCAAAGCACACCAAGCAACCUUUUGAUGAUCUGCAAAUAUAAUCGUGUUUGCUUGCCUGAGUUAACUUGAUUCUAUUGAAGCUCCUUUGAUUCAGUACCCGCUGGAGAAGGAUCUGGAUUUGCGAAGUAAAAACCAACCGACGAAAGCGAGAACAGAGAACGAAACGUCUUUGUCCAAAUUUUUCUUUUUUUUUUUAUUAUUUAAUUUGUACUUUACAAUUUGUCCAGCUGGACAUUCGGUAAAUUUUUCUAGCUUUAUUGCUAAAUAACAUGUGGAUGGCUAUCCCCAGCGGGAUACCAUCUUCAAGUUUGUCUAUUUUAUUUCUUUCGUGAGGUCAGUGGAGUGUUUUCUCUUUAGUCUUCUUUUUAUGAAAGUUUUGCUCGUUUCAGCAGCUAACUGGUUUGGAUGUGUUGUCGUUCUUUCCUUGUAUUUUUUUGCGUACCUGCCGAUUUCUUCUUUGACCGUUGGUAUUUUUAAGUCUUUGCGUAUAUCCUCGUUUCUGACAUACCAUGAGGCGUUGAUUAUUGUUCUGAGUAUCUUCGAUUCUAGCGACUCUAGUUUAUUUAUGUGGCUCAUUGCUGCUAUUCCCCAUAGUGGUAUUCCGUACGACCAAAUUGGUUUCAUUAUCGUUUUGUAAAUUUUUAGUUUAUUUUCCAUGCUGAGCUUAGAGUUUCGACUAAUUAGGUAGUAUGUUGCUUCCAUGUAAGUUGUGUGUCUAAGUGGAGUCCUAGGUAUUUAACUUGCCUUGUUCGCGUUAUGUGCGUGUCAUUCAAUUGGAUAUUUGGUGGUUUCCGUUUUCUUAGUGUAAAUGUAAUAUGGUUGCAUUUACUGGGGUUUGCUUUUAUUUGUUUAUAUUGUAUCCAUUUUUCUAUUUUUCUGAUAUGCUCUUGUAGUAACGUGACUGCUGUUUCUGGAUUAGUGUGCCUGACUAGUACAGCCGUGUCGUCCGCGAAUAUCAGUAUUUUGCUGUUGGUAGUUAUUGGUACGUUGGCCGUGUAUAAUGUGUAUACUAUUGGUUCUAAGACGCUUCCUUGCGGUACCCCUGUGUUGAUGUCUUUAACUUCAGAAUAUGCGUCCUUUAUUUUUACUACAAUUGUCCAAAUGAUCUCAAUUUACCUUAGCAUAAGAGCUGAUAAACGCAUUACGACGAAAGAUAGACCUCGUGGUGUCAGCUUUGAAAAGAACUAUAAUAAGUUCGUCCGUUUAAUAUUCUGUUCUAAUUUAAUUUCACAUUUCGAUUAUGCGACUUUUGUCAAAGAGGGACUUAGGAAAAUUAAUUUUACUUAAACCUACGUUAGUUGCAAGAAUAUAAGGAGAUCCCAGGGCACCCCUGUUGAGCGUCAGGCGGUCCAUCGUGGAGUUUUAGUCGGUAAGUCCGACACUACCCCGCCGUUUCCCAGAAGAGCGGCGAGGUGUCCAUGACGAUUUUCUCACGUAUAAAAAAAGAAAAGUGUAGUUUGUUCCACUACAUAGUGUUUCGAAUAUAGUCCCGGGGCACCACUGGCGUUUUUGUCGAUAAAUCUUACACUGCCCCACCGUUCCACGGAAGAGCGGCGGGGUAUCUAUGACUAUUUCCUCACGUAUAAAAAAAAAAGAUGUUGCAAGAAUAUAAGGAGGUCCCAGGGCAGCGCUGUUGAGCGUCAGGCGGGCCACCGUGGAGUUUUAGUCGGUAAGUCCGACACUACCACGCCGCUUCCCAAAAGAGCGGCGAGGUGUCCAUGACGAUUUCCUCAUGUAUAAGAAAAAAAAGUGUGGUUUGUUCCGUUUUAUAGCGUUUCGAAUAUAGUCCCAGGGCACCCCUGACGUUUUUGUCGAUAAAUCUCACACUGCCCCACCGUUCCACGGAAGAGCGGCGGGGUAUCUAUGACUAUUUCCUCACGUAUAAAAAAAAAAGAUGUUGCAAGAGGUAUAAGGAGGUCACAGGGCAGCGCUGGUGAGCGUCAGGCAGGCCACCGUGGAGUUUUAGUCGGUAAGUCCGACACUACCCCGCCGCUUCCCAGAAGAGUGGCGAGGUGUCCAUGACGAUUUCCUCACAUAUGAAGAAAAAAGUGUAGUUUGUUCUGUUACAUAGCAUUUCAAAUAUUGCCCCGGGGCACUCCUGGCGUUUUUGUCGAUAAAUCUGACACUGCCCCACCGCUGCACGGAAGAGCGGCGGGGUGUCUAUGACUAUUCCCUCACGUAUAAAAAAAAAGUUGCAAGAAUAUAGUAGAGGAACGCAUAGGAUCGUAAAAGGAAUGUAUUGCCUCCUCUCGUUCUGAUUUAUUGUCUCCUAUUAUCAACACAUUGCUUUAUCGAAUUUAGGAAUAUCAAGUAAAUGAACGCAAAGACGUGAACUUGAUCAAUGCUCUAUUGCAUGACUAAUUGAUCGAUAUUCCUGUGUGUGUAUAUAGUUGUAAAUUAAUACAUUAGUCAUUUGUUAGACGAUACAUGGUACACAAAUUUAAACGAUUACAAACGGUUACAUAGUGUUACAAACGGUUACAUAGUGUUACAAAUGGUUACAUAGUGUCACAAAGGGUUACAAACGGUUACAAGUUAAUUUCCAAGUAAUAGACGUCCAAUGAUUUGGUUUUUGAAGUGCCUUGAAUACUUAAGUGCCCUUCUUGUCACGUUUCUUACCCAUUCAAAGUAGCCGAAGCGCGUGUCAGCGUGCACUUUUUACUAUGCACUUAACCAUGAGAAUCUCUCUGUUGUUUGUACUUUUUAUACACUAAACGCGUGCAUCGUUUUACCUUUUCGCAUGAUCAUCUUUAACGAGCAGCUUAUUGAUUCAUCAGGCACCUCAAUACCGUGGAUAAGUGCAGAUACACCGUCCAAAGUAUGAUCAACAGCGAACGAAGACGUUGGUAUCACUCGAAACGUCAAUCGAUCGAACAAACGAGCCUAUUAUCGUUCGUCGAUAUUCGCGGUAGCUCGAUACUAUGACUUUAUUCUUUUUCGUUCCUCACCGUUCGCGAUUUAGUGCAUUUAGAUUCACGUUCUUCCACGCUUAAUUCUUAUUUAAAAAUUAUUCAUCAUUACGAUAGGCAAUGACACGUAGAGAAAGAAAAUAGUCUUAAAGAGUGUUUAGAGUGAAUAGAACAGCGAGAGAAUAGAGCAGAAGCUUCUGGAAUUAACGUUAUAAAAGACUGUCUAAUUUCGCGACUUAGUUCAAAAACUCGCUCGUACGUACGAUCUAAGUAAAAUCAGACUUGCAAUAGAUAUCGCGAGAAAUAGAUUAUCGGACCUACCGACAUUGGAAAAAAUAGUACUUUAAAGGAUAACUAAAUAAAAACAUGUAACAAACAAAAAAUCUUGGACAAUCUUCGCAGCUGAAAAAGUUGUAGUUGCCCGCUAAAGUACAAAAAAUAUCCUCGAAGAACGAAAGCUGCUGCUGAGACUGGCUUUCAGAGCUGACGCCACGACGCACGAGGAGAAGCGAAACGCGAAAGCUUGAUAGAUUCGUUAAGAUGGAUGCAUUCGAUCCGAUACAGAAUCUAUACUGAUACGUAGACGCGGUUAAAGAUAACGAAUAUCUCAGGGGUGCAAGUCUAAGCACAAGGUAGGAUAGAAAAAGAUGAGAUAGAAGAGGCAAUUGGGUUCAGGUGUUGUUGCAGCCUAGACGAAUUAACGGCAUUGACUUCGAUACCUACGAUGACUAGUCACUUAGCAAGCACGCUUCUUCGGAAAAAUCACAGCGAUUAUCCAUUUAAAGAUAGAACUUGCAGAAUCGGAUCCGCAAAACGAUCAUCUACAUUUGUAACUAUUCGAGAGAACUUCUUUAUGCAACAUUGCAGUGUUUUGUACAGAUGUGUUAAUCGCAUAUUUGUCGAUUUAACGUCAAUUCUUACAAGCAUAUCAAUCAUUUCGUUGACAUUGACAAUAUUUUCUUGAAACGAGUUAAUGUUUAAUUUAGUUUUAGUCGUUUAGACUUUUAAAUUUAUAGAUAUAAUUUGAAAAUAAUUAGUUAUUCGUUAAAAUCGAAUAGAUGAUCAAAUCAAACAGAACAGCAAACAGAACACAGAAAUCACAUUGUUAGGCAUUUCACGCUGCUUGAUCUUAUAAAAGUCUUUGAUCGGCGACAUUGUAAUUUGUUCUAGUUCCCGUGUGAUGUAGUGAGCAACACUGUUACAACAUCUUUCCAUUAGUUUUAAGCAUGUUUAUGUGUCCACACUGCGUUUCAUUUCGUCGCAGCCACGUGUCAGUGUAAUUUGGCAGGCUAAUAGAUUCUUUAUUACAUACGAAGACUCGCAUCGCUUCGUAAAUUCGAGUCUAGUUUUAAAAAAAAGCACAGUGUUUUUUCGCGCCGAAUUUUCGUUAUUCAAUCUCUGUUUCCUUCUUGCCGGAAGUAAUAAUAUUACUACUAGGCUAAUCUUACUUAGGAUCCUUGCGUCACUGUAAUACCGUUGUUGGUUAAGAUUUACCAUUCUUAAAAAUACUUUCAAGGUCGUGGAACUAAUUAAGAUGUCUUGGAUAACGACAUCGUAUAAGGUAAGCUACAACAGAAAAAUAAUUAAAAAUGAAAAAAAAAAAAAAAGAGAACGAGAAGAUAGACCAGGCUCGAUGAUAACGCAGCGGUAGUACAAUUUUGUGUUACUAUCGUUGUUUCGUAGCUUUUUUCAUGGUGCUUAAAUCAUCGUAAGAUCAUGUGGCGAAGCUUCGAAAUGCAUUCGAUCGAAUAGCCUAGAGUUACACUGUAGAAUACGGCAAGUGACAAUUCUAAUCAUCUCGCCAAGUAUCGAAAAAUAUCGAGCGUUCGACGCAAAAAAUCGGGGCCAAAUCCUCUUGUGCGCCAGUCGAAUUAGCGAUCUUAGCUCAUGGCGUUCGCUGUCAAUUUAGUGCCUCGUUGCUUUCCCUUCUUUUAGCAAUUUUCUUUUUAGUGACUUCGAGUUCAAAUCAUGUCGCAAUAUUCGUGUCCAUAUAGGUUCACUUACGCCUAUAUUAAUGUAUUCCUUCGGUCGCGAAUCGAACAGAAAGUUACACCACGAUCGAAUCGUUUCUUUUCCUUACUCGACUUGAAAUAUGCGUUCACGAACACCAAUAAUUUUCUUCCACUUUCUUUGUUCCUUAUCGAUACUUCUCGGCUCGUGAAACGAAACACCAAAACACUAUACGAGACUAAUUACAACGAAUAUGUGGAAGGGGUGAAUAUUAUCAAGCAACCUUCUCAUAGGAGGACCGGCUGGACAAUAUUUCCGGAUUUCGCCUCGAUCAACUCGAACGUUCGUCCUUCUAAUUAUGAUUAAUCAAUGUCUAUGUGUAACGAAACUUAAGGUAAUAAUAAUAGCGUUAACAAUAACAAUCGUUAAGGUGAGAUUAUCAUCGUAGGCUAGUUAAGAAUACGGUAGGCUCUAUAUGUAACCGUAUGUUACCUCCUUGAUUUCAAUGAGUGCUAGUCACAUGUAUUAUUCCCGGGGCACUCCUAUUAAACAUUAGGUAGGUCACGGUGUGGUUUUAGUCGGUAAGUCCGACACUACCCCACUACUUCUCAAAAGAGCGGCGAGGUGUCCAUGACUAUUUCCUCACAUAUAAAAAAAGAAAAAAACGUUGCAAGAAUAUAAGGAGAUCCCGGGGCACCCCUGUUGAGCGUCAGGUGGGCCACCGUGGAGUUUUAGUCGGUAAGUCCGACACUACUCCGCCGCUUCUCAGAAGAGCGGUGAGGUGUCCAUGACUAUUUCCUCACGUAUAAAAAAAAAUCACAUGUAUUAUAAUUACUUAACACUCGUAUUCUCAACCCAUGAAUAUAUAAAGACGACAUAUUAUAUAUACACAUAACAUUAUAACAUAAACAACAUAACAUUCUAUGUCUAUUAUUCUAGGAACGUAUUAAACGACGUUGUAAAGUGUAAGGGUGCUUCAGGUCUAAUUAAUUGUAAAUCGAUCGGAAUGCUAUUGUAACCCAAAAAGAAAAGCGAAUACAGUUACGGAAGAAAAAAAGAAGAAAAAGAAUGAAAAUGGAACGUUCUCGUGCGACUAGCGCUACAUUUCGCUCGGGAAAUGGACCGGUGUCUCUUAUCGUCGAUUAAUUUAUACCGAAUCUUCGACUAGAGUCACCGUAGCACAGGACGUACCUUUGUUAUGCCGAUAUUCGAUAUCAAUUGUACGACAAUAUAAGGUAUUACGAGUAGAGUAACGCGCCACGAGCGUUCACCCUUCUCGAACGAGACAAAUGUGAGAGAGUAGCAAGUUAGUACCUAUUAAUCUCGAUGUUCUCUUUCGUGGCGCGCGUAUCGUAGAUGCGUCGCGAAGUCAUUUGGAACAUUCCUCUGAAACAGCGCGCGAUUCAACUAUUGAGAUCUUUGCAAUUCAUUCGUUGAUUAUUUCACUAAAGAAUCGUCGCUUUACUGAACGAUCGAUCUCGAUCGUUGGAUCGCGCGUACUGUUCGCGGUCGCCUCGUCGUCGAUCGCGUUUGCUCGUUUAUUUUUCUCCCGUGCUCAUAAUCAAGACUGCUUAAUAUUGAUGACGGGUGUUUUAAGCGUGUGAUUAUAAGAUAUCAAGAGGACAACGAAUCAUCGCGGUCGAGUGGACAGCGAUCACGACGCGGCGUCUCGCCGAGAUGAUCGCUCGAAUUGAACACGAUUAUUACGAGUUCUCCGAUCAUACGACCAUUUAUUACCUUUAUCUAACCGCCAAGUAUAAGAGAAGAAGGAAAGAAGGAAUGUUUAAAAAUUAAAAAUGCGAGUAAAAUGCGAGUUCUAUCUGUCAUCGUUUUAGCUGUUAAGGAUUCAUCAUCAAAGUAAAUGGGGGUAGUUCUAAUCCAAGUAAGCGUACCACGUAAGUGCAGCACAUUGAAAAAAUACGGGAAAAUAACAAGUAGUACAAUGUAUAGGUUUGUGUAUAGAUACUCGAGGACAUAUGUAAAGAGGUAUCGGUCUUGGGGCACACGUCGAGCGCUCGUUACCGAUCCCUUCCCAUUGGUUCAACGUUGAAAGGUAUUUACGGACGAAAGCCUAACAAGAUCGCUCCUCUAGCUUCUUGAGAUACCACGAAAACGUUUUCGACCGUUUUCUAUUCACUAUCCAUGAGUAAUCGAAGUGCAACGGCCCUUUUCACCGAGGGAUCUCAUGAUAACCUGGGGUGGUCGAUAGGUAACGAGCACGCCGUUUCAUGGAACAUCAAGAUUCUUCCUCGUGAUGGCAAACGACACUCGACGCUCGGUGAUCAUUUUAUGGCCUUAAUCAAAUUUUCAUUAGGGGUCAAGUGUCUUCGUAAUCGCGACAUCACGUUUGUCGCGAUAAAACGAAAAAAAUGUCUAUGACAACGACACGAAUGGCCAACGCAUACCAAACGGAGCACGAAAGAUGAAUGUCGUAUUAAAUUCAGUGUAUUUUGCGAACUUCGUUUGCGAUACCGAUGGGCCGAUGUUUUGUGCUAACUUCGUGUAAAAUUUCAAUCGACGCUUUAACGUGCCCCACGACUCUUAUCAACGACUGAUUCGAUUGAUCUGGAAAGAUUUUAUACCGAUUCUGCGUCGUUCUUUUUUGCGCGUUUCUUCACACGAAACCGCUGAAAGGAUUUUGAUACAUGGCGCAAUCGUGAAAAAUUUUUCAACGAAUGAAGCACCGAAUAGAGGAAUUUGUCGAGAAGCAAAGUUACAUAUAACUGAAUAAGAACGAAUUAAAGGGGCCACGUGAGGAAGAAUAAACUGUCGCGUGUUUCUGAUUAUUGUGAUUAUUUCUGACUAUACUGGUCUCAUGUCGUACUAUCAAACAUGGAAUAUCUUUAUGGUGUCUCCGUAAGACGAUCGACGUGGCCUGUUAACAAACGAAUAUGGACAUACGUUACAGAGUUUUUUCAACUAGAAUCGUGUAUUCAUCCAUUGCAUACAAACAGAAAAUGAAAAAUAUUGCCAUAUUGGACUGUGAAACGUUGUCAAAAACAUUUUCGAAGUCGUCAUAUGGUUGUUAAGACAUUGAAGUAUUAAAAACUCUUAUAUAUAUAUAUAUAUAUGUUGAAGUUAUAAUUACUUCUAUGAUGGUCAUACCAAGCAGCGUAAUGGAUGAAUGACAUGCAUUUAAAAAUUAUAAAAUGUCGUAAUUACUUCCGAGGUCGAGUAACACAGAGUAACUUUCAGGCCCUGAUUACUAAAUCCUAAAUGAAGCUGUAACGAAGACAAACGUUAGUGAAAACAAGUACGUGAACGAUAAAUCCCAGUAGUCGCGAUCGUAUGAAAAGAAGAACGACUUUCGAUUCUGUGCUAGAUUUCGGGACACCGUGUAAUUCUGCGUAGCUCGACUAGGUUCUCGUUGAAAUACGAUUACUGCGAUACGUCAAGCUAAACUGUAACAAUAAAAACAAAAUAAAAUAUUAUACUUCUGA